UUUUGUUGUUAAUAAUAGUAUGCCCCGCCCCCUUUUUCUGUCGCGAGUCAAGAGUUACCUCCUGAUUUAAUCAAUGGAUAGUGCGUCGUUCGGGGGUACAAGAAGUUUGUCAACAUUAGAAAAGGAAAGUACAGAUCGAGAGCACGAAUCGUAUAAUAUGAUUUCAGAACCUGGGGAACCGGAGUCUCAUCCACCUUUAACUUUCGCAGACUUGGGAAUACCAACAAGUGAACAUGUGCAGGAUACCGUCAUUGGAAAGUCUCGCAGCUGCAGAGAUGUGACUUGGAAUGAAUGGCUUUAUAUUAUUUGUAUGUUGGUAUCCAUUCUAGUUGCUGCAGGUUUUACUAUUUACAGACUGACAAAAGUACAGCUGAAUGAUCCAGAUUUCACUUUUUGUUUGGUUUUAUUGUGGAAUGCUGUAUUCUGCGUAUGGUUUGUGUUGGAUGGAAUUCUGCGAGAGAGGCCUUCAGAAAUUUUUAUCCUAUCCAUUGCUACAGUCAUCAUCACUUGUUAUCUAAUUGUCAACUAUAUUGCUGGAACACAAAAUGAAAUCAAAUUAAGUAGAAUGAUAGCAGCCUGUGUACUGAGUCCCUUGUUGGUUUUAUUUGGUUUACGUAUAGCAUGGACAUAUCAUGUAUCCAAGAGACUCAUCUUCAGGGUGGUGGGGGCUAAUGAACACCUUCAGACACUGUACAGGAAUCUUCUCACGUUUCAGGAUUUCCUGAAAUUUGAUCUUCAGUUGGGUGGAAGUAUGGUUUUGUUCAUUGUUCUCUCAUUUGAUAAAUUAUUAGUCAGAGAAAUAGUGAUCCUUUCAGUUGGUGGCGCUGUUACAAUUAUCUGGUUUAUCCUUGGAUAUUUUGCUAUGCCAAAAGAAAACAAAAUCUUGGCUGUGAUAUUCUUCCUGUUUAGUCCAGCAGAGAUUGCUUACAUUUGCUAUAAGCUUUAUGAUGUUUCCUGCUAUAUAAACAGCCUAAAAGGUUUAGCAGGGGCAACAAUUGCUUGUGGAAUUAUAGCCCUUGUUGUGAGAUUCCUGGUAAUUGUUGGAGCUAUCCUUGUUGUAAAGGAAUUCAAGCAAGGACUCAAAGAAAAAUUGAACUCAUAGAUAAUAAAACAGAAAGACUUUAAACAUGAAGAGAAUUGCAAGAUCAUUUUUCCUUGCAAGAUUAAUGAAAAGAGAAGUAUUUGAGGUUCAUUUAUGAGUAGCAACCAUUGAGAAUGUGAGUGAUUAUUACAGGAUUAUCAUGGAUAGUAUCAAGGAUUUUGUGCAAGAAUUUUUCUAAACAUUUAUUUAUUAAAAAGAUUAUUUUUUAUUUCUGUGGACUUCAAAAACUACCUACUUCUACCUAAGAUGCAAAAUAAUGUGAAAGGAUUAAUGAUUCUUUGUUAUUGUUUUUUUAAAUUAAACAAGAUUGUACAAUUUUGAAGAGGUUUUAAUUGCCAAAUCUACAUUCACUCCCCUUCCCUCAUUAAAAAAUUAAUUUGCUUGAUACUUGCAUUUACCAAAGAUAGGGUAACAUUAUCAUAUUUUCAUGACUUCAGUAUCAUUUUUUUAAAAUAUUUUUUUGGCUAAUAUUGCUAUUUGAUAUAAAAUUUGGUAUAAAGUCACAAAACCAGUUUAGCCUUUCAAAAGUUGUGAGAUUUCAUUACAUUACUUUUUUUAAAACUUUAAAUUAAUUUACACAGAAUAAUUUAACCUAUAUGUGUUGUUGUUUUUUUAUAUAUAUAUUUUUUUAACUUAAACCAAUUUUAGAAAUAGAUCACUCUGUUUAAUUCUUUCUAUGCAGCUUUUUAGCUUUAAUCAAAACGCAACAUUUUACACCUUUUUUAAAUGUAUUUUUUUUAUACUAAAAUAUUUUUUUCACUUGAAAAGUAUAAACAUUUAUAGGGUCCAUACUGUUUUCUAUUAAUAGUUACAAUGAAAUGGUAUUUUGUAAAGUUUUUUUUUUUUUUAUUAAGCAUUAUUUACAAAGCCAUAUUAGGCUCAAAUUUAUUUUUUUUUUAAACUUUUUUGUUCUAUUAUAAGAGAGUCUGGGCUUUUUCUAUCAUGGCACCAGAGUAGGUUUAUUUGGCUCUCUUUUGUUGAGAAACAUUUCUCUGUGGCAAUGCUCAACUGAUAAAAGUAUUCAAAUGAAAACUGGUUUAUAACAUAUCUGGUUGUACUUUCGAGAUCAAUAAGUAUAAAAUUGAGCAACAUUGUACUUAAGUUUGACAAAUUAAUGGCAAUGUCUUCGAUUCCAAAGAUUAUGAAUGAGUGCAUUGUUUCUCAUGACUAUGCAAACCUAGUUGCGAACUGCAUAUUUUCCCGCAUUUUAUGCAGAGAAAGCUGCUGGCUGUCUAAGUUUUCUUUCUGUCUUCUGCGUCUGUCUUCAACAGCUUUUCUUUGAGUCUCAAAAGUUUGUCCCACAGCCUUUGCUUCUCCAGCUGUCCCUCUAAGUGGCCAUCUGCUGCCAGCUACUUUCCUCUAUGCCAGUGAGUGCAAAAUAGUGCCUGAGUGAUCCUUAUAGUGCUUAUGCGGGGCACCUCUGUUACAAAUUAAAUAUGCACUAAAUUCUCCAACAUUUAAAAAAUAAAAUACAUACUGUUGCAAUCAUUUAAAAAAAAAAAGAAAAAACAAAAGCUAGUAUUUCUUUUACAAAAAUUAAAUCCCUGUGCUCAAUUGAAAUUGUUAUUUAUUUUAAUUUAAAUUGUUAUUUAUUGGUUUUACUUCAUAAUCUAUUUGUUUAUGUCUGUGUGUAAAACACAAAUUGCAAAACCAACCAAAAACUAAGUCAUUUCUUUUUGGUUUCUGUUGUAUCAUAGAUAUAUUAUGAAUUACUUUUUUUUUUACAUUUCAUUUGUUAUAUCCCUAUUCUAUAGACUCAGAGCCAAUGCUCACUGUCUAGGUUCUAUUGAUAAUAUGUACAAAGUACAAGAACUUGGAACGUAGAGCCAGCUUUAACUUACAUAGUACAAAGUUAAAUAAUUCUUUUUAUUGAAUGUUUUUAAUGUAAAAGAAUUUUUGUCUGAGAUUAAUUCAGUUGAUCUAUUUAAAAAUUGUAGUACUGCAUUAUGAAUAUAUGAAAGUAAUAAAUUAGAUGCCUAGCAAUCCAUGUGCAGGUCUUGUUAAGUAAGCUCAUCCAUUUUUAUAUAAAAAAUAAUGAGCCUGUUAUUUGCUAGCACAUUAACCUAUCUUCUUGACAAGCCAACAAAUGUUAGAAGCCCAUUGGAACCUGGUAGCUCAGUGCUGUGAUAGAAUUUCCAAAUUCAAAACUCAUAACUUUGUCAGCCUUGCUUUACAUCAAUGGCCCUAAAUAAUCAAUUAAUAAUAACUUAGAAAUUUGAUGCUGCUGCAUUUGUCCUAUACCGUAGAAAAAUGUCCAUGAAUUAUGAAUGUCAUUAGCAUUGUGUGAAAUUUUCUCUCAUUUAUUAAUUGUUUCAAAUAUUAUCUAUUGGUGAUAAAUUCUUUUUUUUUUUUACUAAGUCAUAAUAUUCAUAUAAAUAUAUAUUUUAUUGGUUAAAUCAAGUUAUCUGGAGAUUAGUUUGUUGUCUGAAAGUUAAUUAUUGCUGUAUUUUAGUAGACAGCUUUUUUUUGUAUAGCUGUAUGCUUUUGUGUCAGGAGAAAAAACUGUAGUUCAGUUCAACCCAAUUUACUUAAGUACUCUUAUGUUAUUAAGAAUUACAAGUUGAAGUUUGUUCAUUAAUUUAUUUCCAUGUUUUGUUCAAAUUCACUGACAUUCCUAUAACAAUCGGUCUUUCUUUCUUUUUUUUUUUAAUGUAUUUUGUAUAUUCAUGUAUAAUAUAUAAUUAUAUAUUUAUAAAGAUUUAUUGAUUUAAUAUUUCAUCUGUCAUAUGUUUAUCAGGGGAUAAAGCAAUUAUAAGACCCACUCUUGAGGAAAGGAUGUUAUUUAUUCCUUUGUAACAAAAGAAGAAGUAUUUAUAAGAUAUUGUGUGAUAUUUUACUUCUACAUUGUUAAGAGUAAUAAAAUUUACAGUAAUUAAAAAAAAAAAAAAGUAAUUUUGAUUUCUUCCAGAAUUCUAGCAAUGUUUUUAUUUUGUCUUCAAGUGUAUUUACUUGUAUACAGCUGUUAGCUAUUAACUAUUAUUUCCACUUGCCUAAAUUAAUCCUAAUGUUUAUUUUACAUAUGCCUAAUUGUAUAUAUUUUUCUAAGCUUUACUAUCUGCAUUUCUAUUUAAUUUACUGCCAUAAUUGAUGAGAACAGAAUUAAAACUUUUGGAGCAAUA